GACUUUGAGAUACGUGGAUCAAAAUAAUCAGGUCCAUUAACCUUUGGCAGAAAAUCUUAAGGCGGAGAAUCGUUCAGGAAUUAUUUCCAUGUGUUUUUUCAUGAAGUGCAAAAUUUCAAUGUUCUAAAUAGAAAGCAGUUGUGAGUAGAUGAGCUUCCUCUUAAAAUGGGUCACUUGAAUAAAUCACCCAAACUUUUUCUUACAGCAUUAAUGGUUGACAUGAUUCACUUAGCCCAUGAUUAAAGAUUUACUUGGAUGUUUCCUCCUAUUUCCAUUGUCAUAAUGGUGACACUGUUUUUUUUGGUUUUUGAGGACUUUUUGUAUUGAAAGGAGGCGGUAAUAUAUUAAAUUUACACACACCACGAAUGUUAGGACUCGGACUCAGGACUUUGUUUGAGCGAGUAAAUACUCCAAAUCAUUACACUAGUGGGUUCUUUGCAUAAUGGUGACACUUUAGUUUAUCUCAACUAGGGAAAAAUUGAUUUUCACUUGCAAAUAAACUAAAUAUUACAGCCAACGGGUCUAAUCUAGUGAAAAAUGCUUUGAUCUCGAAUUCGAAAAUAUGAGAUUUUGAAACAAAAAGAAAGGUAGGAUUUUGAUAAAAUAAAAUAAAAUACACGCAGCUCCAACUUUCCCGGCCCAGCCCAUCUGCGGCACUGCGGCACUGCUGAUGCACGUAUCAUAAAACAAAAAACCCGAAACCCAGAAUCAUCUUCUGCUAGGGCUCCAAAAUGGACGACAUGGCUGCCUAUUACCCGCCACCGCCUCCACCACCAGGCUCCGUCCACUACCCAUACUACCAACAACCGCCACCACCGCAACCGCCUCCGUCGGUGGCGCCACCGUUACAGCACCACCUGGUUCAGCCCUACUUCCCUCAACACCCACCGCCUUUCUCUUCCUACGCGCCCGCUCUCGUCCCCCAACCCUCACACGACGAGGUCCGGACCCUAUUUGUCGCGGGUCUUCCCGAAGAUGUCAAGCCCCGAGAAAUCUACAACCUCUUUCGCGAGUUUCCGGGUUACGAGUCCUCCCACCUCCGGACCCCAACCGAGAAGUCUCAGCCUUUUGCUUUUGCGGUGUUCUUGGAUCAGCAGUCUGCGAUCGGGGCAAUGCAUGCUCUGAAUGGGAUGGUGUUUGAUCUUGAGAAAGGGUCAACAUUAUAUAUUGAUCUAGCAAAAUCUAAUUCUAGGUCAAAACGCUCAAGAACAGAUGAUGAAAGAUCUGGCUCAGAUAAGAAAGCUAGAGGUUCAUCGUAUUCAAGGGGCGCUCCUGAUUCUGCAGGUGUUGGCAGCAUUCACAUGCCUGGAAUGGGUAAUUCUGCUUACAACAUCAUUGGUUAUCCAUCUGCACCAAGUCAUGGAAACUUCAAUGGCAUACCUGUACAUGAGACAAUUGCCGGAAACGUGAAUAAUUCUGCAGCACAACAUUUUCCACAAAAUAAUACUCCAUGCCCAACUAUUUUCGUGGCUAACUUGGGGCCAACUUGUACGGAGCAAGAGCUGAUUCAAGUAUUUUCAAGGUGCCCUGGGUUCAUAAAAUUGAAGAUGCAGAGCACAUAUGGAGCUCCAGUUGCAUUUGUUGAUUUUCAGGAUACUGCCUGCUCAACUGGAGCGCUGAGUCAUCUGCAAGGCACAAUUCUCUACUCGUCAACAACGGGCGAAGGCAUGAGAUUGGAGUAUGCCAAAUCACGAAUGGGAAUGCGGAAGAAGCCAAAGUAAUGUGAAGAAAAUAACAAGAUGUAUGCUUUUUGCUCGUUUCCAUGCCCACACAAGCGGAUCCACAUCUUACAUUAAGCUUGUACCAAGAAUAGGUAGACUUUAGUAUCAGGGUUAACUGUUAUGAUGAUUUAUUUUCAUUUUCUCAAUAAUGGAAAUGUUUUUUUGUUUCCAUUCCCAUUGUGAAUUCGUGAUGCUAUGGUUUUAUAUCUUCAAAUUCAGAAUGGAAAGCGAUCCCUGUAUUUUUGUGGUGAUA